AUGCAAACUGCGUCGGAUAGGGGCGUUGCGCUAGUGCUAUCUGCGGAGGAGAUCACUAAGGGUAAGGAGCUGACUAAGCUCCAUGACCACUUUGUGGAACAGCUUCAAAUUGUCAAGGAUGUGGCCGCUUGUCAGGCUGUAACUCAAAGUGCACCGGCGGAUGUUUCGAUGGAUGGUGAGGGUGAAGAAGAAGAAGAAGUGGACGAAGAAUCCGAAGUUCUGAUGAAGCGGCCAAUGUGGCUCCGCAAGUCAAAGCAACCUGCGCCGAAGGAUGAUGAAUCCAAUGACAGGAUUGUCAUUCAUGAUCCUCCUUGUGAAUGUUGCGGUAAGCGCAAUGCGGAGUGCGUCGGACCUGAAGGUCUCGGAUGUAUGGAGUGCCGGAAUGCUAAACAAGUGUGUUCCUAUUCUCGCUCUGGGCGUGCCAAAGGCAAAGCAUCUGUGCGUCGGCCGAUGGCGGCUUCUAAAGUCGUGUCUUUGCGCAGAUCUGAACCUCCAAUUACAAUUUCCAAAGGUGAAGACAUGCCUUCCGCCUCGUGCAUUUCGAAGGCAAAACCGGUUGUGAGUCUUCCGACUCGGAAGAGGAAGUUGGUGGAUGUAGAGGAAGAGGAUUUUGCACUUGCGGAUUCGGGUUUGCGGGGAGAUGACUUGGUGAUGGCGGGUAAGCUUCAGAGUGUCUAUGCGAAGUUUCGCACUAUCCAGGGGCUGAUGUCUGAUCUUGCGAAUGAUCUGGACAUGAUGCGGGCGCAUGUUAACAAGAAGGCGCGUUACUGA